AUGAUUGCCUUGCCUUGCCUUGCCUUGCCUUGCCUUGCCUUGCCUUGCCGCGGACUGCGUCUGCCCAUGUCUCUCUCUGCCUCUGCUUCUGUCUCGCUUUUCUUGCGCCUCUGUCUCAUUGCACCUCUACCGGAUCCUGGCCUUCUGUUAGGCCUGUCGUGCUGGUCCUUUAGAACAUCAGCCGAUGCGACCUCAUCGGUCGCCGCCAAGGUGCUAUGUCGUACACCCGCCGUGGAUGGUUCUCGCCCAGGGGUCGAUCCGGUAGGCAUCUUUCGGCAGUAUUGCUUCUUUGUGCCUGGUAUCCGUAUGCAUCUUGACAUGCGUCGAGAGCUCCACCUGGGACGAACGGCGUCCGAGUUCACUCCAGUCUCCAGGGUCCAACUCUGCGACUCCCUGCAACAUCACACCUGCACGAACAAAGUGUUUUAG